AUGCCAUCUAGACCAAGGUGGGCUGUUGCUAAUGGCACAGGUGUAAUUUUAAGUGUAUAUGAUGAGGAAGUUGCUCGUUAUGAAACCACUACUCUAACUGCAGCUGUUGUUCCUGCUCUAUUACUUCCUCCUCCAACAACAGCCCUACUUCUUCUUGGACUAUUAGAAGCACCACCUUCAUGGGCUCCAUAUGCUCUUGAUGCUGCUGUUCAACUAGUCGAGCUUCUUAGGGCAGCUGAAGAUUUGGAAUGA